CAUCACGAACUUCGCGACGAGAGAUACCACUGCCUCAUCCGACACUCUAGGUCCCAGAAGCUCCACCUUUCCGACCUUCAACCUCACAACCGCAACAAUGGAUCAGGCUAAGCUCGCCAGGAUGCAGGCCUCUGUGCGCAUCGGAGGCAAGGGUACUCCCCGCAGGAAGGUCAAGAAGGUCCACAAGAACGCUGGCACCGACGACAAGAAGCUCCAGGGAGCUCUUAAGAAGCUGAACGUCCAGCCCAUCCAGGCUAUCGAGGAGGUCAACAUGUUCAAGAGCGACGGCAACGUCAUCCACUUCGCGGCACCCAAGGUCCACGCCUCGGUCCCCGCCAACACCUUCGCCAUCUACGGCAACGGCGAGGACAAGGAGCUGACCGAGCUCGUCCCCGGUAUCCUCAACCAGCUCGGCCCCGACUCCCUGGCCUCCCUCCGCAAGCUCGCCGAGAGCUACCAGAGCAUGCAGAAGGAGAAGGGCGAGGAGGAGAAGAAGGACGAGGACGAUGACGACAUCCCCGACCUCGUCGCGGGCGAGAACUUCGAGGGCAAGGCCGACGUCGAGUAGAUUCGGACCGUCUUGCGAGCUUAUUGAAUAAGCGGUAAGAGGAGCAGAUCGGGACGGGUCUGCCUUGAGAUUUUCCUCGGAACUGGAAAAAGAAUAGUUUCCACGGCGAUGGAAAGGCAUGCAGCAAAUCUCAUCCUCUUUCGAUGAUCUUGUACCUAUACCUGCGGUGCUGUGUCUGUAAGAUGACGCAGUAGGCGUUGCGUUGUUGGGAUCAAAAUAAAUGAAUCAUUAACGUUCUGCAAGAC